AUGUCGGAGCAAGUCAAGAUCAACCCAGACCUACUGAUCAUCCUAGUGGGAUCCGUUAUCAACAAGUUUAUAAGCGAAUAUGAAGGUGAUCUACCUGACAACAGGGCGUCGAUACCAGUUGAAGACUUUAUCACUCAAUUGAACAACACCACACGCAAGUAUACACAGGAUUUCCCAAAUGACGAGAUAAACUUUCCCUACAUUGAUAUCAAACUACUAUCAUUUAUCAUAAAUAGGACUUUGUACUUUAAAUUUGUGAGCGUCGUUAAUGAUCAGGUGAUGGUUGAAGUUGGGGACAAGUAUGAAAAUUAUCUAAAGAACAUUGUUGCUACAUCGACAUUUCGUUACUCAAAAUUUUUACUUAAUGGCGCAAAGCUGUUGUACAAAUCGGAGCAAGAAAGUGCAAAGGCAAGUGAAGAGGUUAUAGAGACUACAGAAGAGGUGAGGGAUGAGGAGCCGGCUGAGCCCGCCAUUGCAACUGCACCUGAGGAGGAAGAUAAAGAGAAGGCAGAGCCGCUAAAAAAGAAAGAGGAGGCAGAGCCGCUGAAAAAGAAAGAGGACGAAGUUGCUGAUCCUAACCAGUCAGUUGGCGAUAAUGAGGAAGACAAAGUUGAUACUCCCGCUCAAGAAGGUGUGGAGUUGGCAAGCCCCGAAAUUGAGGAAUUGUCACAAGUAGAGGGUGAUACUUCUCAGACGGCAGAGAUCGAACAGAAAGAAAGCGUCGAGGAAGUUGUCGCAGAUGAUGUUGACAAAGAGUCUGAUGUGCCGCAUGAACCAAGUAUGCAGAAUGAAGAGAAGAGUGAAGAUGUUGUUGAGAAGGAAAUUCAGGAACUGGUUCCAAAGGAGGAUGACACUGAGCAGCAAGAGAUUGUGGAGCAAGAGGAAGCAGCAAAAGAGGAGCCUACUGAACCUUUACAAGAGGGUGUGAAAUCCAAAGCAGAACAAGUUGUACCAAAGAGUCCUUCGCCGUUUCAGGAAGUGGUGCUUUCAGACGUGGACAAAAGGGAUUCGGAGACUAAGGAAAUUUCAGACACUCAAAAUGAGGAGCCAACCACGGCACAUGAGAUAUCUGAGCAGAAUAUUGAACAGUCAUCCCCGCUUCUCGACGAAGCUACCGUCGAAGUUUCCUCCCCCACGCUGGAGUCACCUAAAAAUCAAGAGCCCAAAGAAAAGUCCGUCGAAGUUGUUCCACCUGGAUCCAAACCAGAUUCAUCUUCACGCAAGAGACCGAGAUCUCGCUCACCUGCACCUGCUCAACAUCAUAAGAGGUUCCAAAACAUUGCCGUCAAUCUAUUAAAUUCCAUUCAAGAGCAUCGCUUCUCAUCACCGUUUUUGCAAGCUGUCAAUCCAAAAGAUGCGCCAAACUAUUAUGAAAUGAUUUACGAACCAAAAGAUUUGAAGGGUAUUAUGAAAGCACUUAAGUCGAAAAAAGAACCACCUGUGUAUCUGCUGAUUAAAGAACUAGAGAGAGACGUGAUGUUGAUGUUUGCCAAUUGUAUUAUGUACAACCGACUGGAUGAGGAUUUAGUGGAGCUUACAAGAACAAUGAAGAGGGAUGUGGGUGAUAUGUUCAAAAUGUUUAAAGAAGCUGAACUGGAAAUGAAAUAG